CUGUUUACAUCCGGGAGUUUUGUCAACAAAAUGGCCGACGAAGCUGCGGCAGAUCGCGAUGAUGUGAACAGCUCUGGAGGGAAUAAUAUCUUUGAAAUUUUACAAAAGCAACCAAUAAAUGAUGCUACAAAGACGCAAGUAUGUGUAAAGCUAGAAGACAUAGCUGACACAGGUGGGAAAGGAAAGAAAGAUCAAUAUUUAUUUCGUAACCUACCUGGACUCCAUGUUACACAUGCUGUUGAUGCAAUGUAUGCUUCAUCAGACAACAGUUCUAAUUCGUUUGAAGAGUCGAAUUUGUUACCUGAGAAGAAACUACCACAUUUAACAGUUUCACAACAAGGAGGGGGACAUAUUCCCGACCCUUGCAUCAGUCCUGAUACAGGGAAACGAAAACGCAUACAGCACGAUUACCGACGCUUGUCAAAAUCUGGUUAUUUGGAUGAUUAUGUUUGUCGUGAAGGGAGAUUUUCAUCUACAAGUGAUUCAGAUAUUGGAAUCUCCCCUUCACCUCCAAAGAUCAAAGUGAAACCAGUUGUUAAUGGUGCAUCCAAUGGAUCUACAAAAGUGUCUUCUCCGGUGAAAAAGGAGGUCCCUGUCGGUAGUGAUGUAAAUGACAGUCCGUCAGAGCCGACCUUGGAUAGUCCAGAGAGGAAGGAGAAGAUGAAGCACCACCACCACCCAAAACACCACAAGCACCAUAAACAUAAGCACCACAGUGAAAAGCGGCUCCCCUCAGAUUUAACAGGCCAUUAUGAGAACCACACACCAUGUCCUGCAAAAGUUGUAGGUAGUGAAAGCACAGAAUCUCCUCAGAAAACAUACGUCCUAAGUCGUGAUGACGUCACAAAUACAAUAAGAAUAUCAUCCAGCAAGAAGCGCAUUGUCAACAAUUGUGGGGUGCAGGUGAACUUAAGGCGGAGGACGGAAAAUCGAUAUGUGCAGGUGAAUUUAUCCAGAAGGCAUGACACGCCAGGUGUGCAGACUCCAGAGAAGGUCAGUAUGAAUGGACACAGUAUAAAACAUGGCACCAUCACCGGUCACAAGGUGUCCAGAGGGGUCCAGACUAGUACCACACCAAGUACACACAACAUAGCAGCAAAGAGUGCACCGCCAUCCGAAACUCCGAAGGCUUCAGAAGAGGUCAACCAGGAAAUUAAAAAGAGUGAAAUAUUGACAGAUUCUAAAGUCUUCUCUCUUCAUAAGGAUCUGGUCCCUAACAAAGAUAACCCUCUUGUGAACUCGAAAUACAAGCAUUUAAUGCACAUUGAGCAGUAUCCAAAUGGUGGCGCAUUGGUUCUUCAUGUGUAUCAGAACGAAAUCUCAAAAUUGUCCCCGGAGCAGAUGGAAGAAUUCGUGAAGGACUACUUUGACUUUGUGUACGGUGAGAGUAGUGAAGGCGUGGGGCACUGUGUGAUGGGUAUUGUACACGAUGCCAUAACUAACCUGCCAGAUUUCAUAGAUUACUUCACAGAAAACCACCCAGAAAUCACGGUCAAAGCGGGCGUACUGGGAAAAUCGGACAUUGAGACCAUUACUAUGUCGAAAUACCAAGAACAAAUGAUCAAGUCAUACAAGAAUGGGACUUUUAGAUGUGGCCCGCUCUUACAGAUCAGUCUGGUGGGGACAGUACAUGAAGAGGUGGGUGGGUUUUUUCCAGAGUUUUUGAAUCUGUUGGAAUCUAAUCCCUUUCUAAAGGUCGUCAUGCCCUGGGGAAUCCGGUCCGCCGUACCGAAGAUGCCCAGGAAUCGCAGCAAUGACGGUCCCAUUCUCUGGGCGAGACCAGGGGAACAGACAGUACCCACAGCUGACAUGCCCAAGUCUCCAUUUAAACGUAAAAGGGGACUUAAUGAGUUGAAGAAUCUCUCUUAUCUCCCUCGGGCUUCUGAACCUCGGGAAAACUUGGUGGAGGAUCGAACUAGGUGUCAUGCUGAUCAUGUUGGGCAUGGAUUUGACCGCAGGACCACAGCAGCUGUGGGGAUGCUAAAAGCAGUGAAAUCCGAAACUGAGGGGGGCUGUGACACGCGGGUUGUGAAGGAUGUGAUCUGCUUUCACUCGGGGGACUUUAUGCAACUGGUAGACAAACUUCAGCUGGAUCUUCAUGAGCCGCCUGUGUCUCAGUGUGUGACAUGGGUGGAAGAUGCAAAACUGAACCAGCUCCGCAGGGAUGGAAUUCGCUAUGCAAGGAUUCAACUGAGAGAUAAUGACAUAUACUUUAUUCCCCGAAAUGUGAUCCAUCAAUUUAAGACUGUGUCUGCGGUGACCAGCAUAGCAUGGCACUGUCGUCUGCAACAUUACCACCCAGACAUACUGGAGGAGGAAGAAAUCACAGAGGACAACAUUACAAAAGCAACAGAAUCUCAAGACCUGGACCAACCUAGGAACACCUCGGAGGAAAAGGUGCAGGCAGUUAAGACCCAUCCUGAAAACUCACCAGAGAAAAAGGAAAGGGUUCACUCAUCUCAUAGUCUGGAGAAGAAACAGAAGAUUGGGCAUCAUGAAACUCUGGCCAAAAGAGACAAGUCGCAUUCUUCUAGUACGCCAAGUAAAAGAGAGGUUUCUUCUGUUGGCACUCCAGAUAAGAAGGAGUCUCAUAGGCAUCACAACACUGGAGAGAGGAGCUCUAACAAAUCUCACAAGCACAAUAGUAGUUCAUCAGGCGAUAAAAGAACAUCCCACAAACACAGCUCGAGUUCAUCAAGUCAAUCGGACAAAUCUGUGAAAAGACCUCAUGAAGAAAUGGUCAACAAAGAUGGUGAAGGGAAGAAAAAGCAUUUGAAAGAUUCACAUUCAGAAAAGGUACAAAAACAUUCAAGUCUAUCUGAAAAGCAUCAUAAACAUUCUAGCUCAAAGCCCAGUCCCACAAAAUCUCACCAUCUUAAAGAAAAUUCCAAAGAGAGAACAAGCAAGCAUCAUUUGAAUUCUCCAAAAGGAGAUCACAAGGACAAGUCCAGAAAGCAUCAUUCUAGUUCCUCAGGAAAAGGAAGUGGAGAAAGAACAUCCCAGAAGAGACCCAUCUCAUCUGUGGAUGGAAGUGGGGGAACAACACCCCAGAAGAGACCCAUUUCAUCUGUGGAUGGAAGUGGAGAAAGAACACCCCAGAAGAGACCCAUCACAUCUGUGGAUGGAAGUGGAGGAACAACACCCCAGAAGAGACCCAUUUCAUCUGUGGAUGGAAGUGGAGAAAGGAUGACCCAGAAGAGACCCAUUUCAUCUGUGGAUGGAAGUGGAGAAAGGAUGACCCAAAAGAAAACCAUUUCAUCUGUGGAUGGAAGUGGAGAAAGAACACCCCAAAAAAGACCCAUUUCAUCUGUGGAUGGAAGUGGAGAAAGAACACCUGUGAAAAUGUCUAAAUUAGAAUGGCAGCAAAAUGUAGAAAAGACUCCAAUAAAAUUCCUAGUUUCUUAUUCCAGUUCUGGAGGUGGGAAAGAGAAAGGUCACCAUCAGUCAACACCAAAGAAGCACAGUCACAGCCACACAUCAAGUAGUGCACAGAAACUUCAUUCAAACCUGACAGAUAGCAUUGUGCAAGACGGGGGUGAUCUGAAAGAUAGUGCAAGUGAGAAUGGAAAGAUUAUGUUAAAUGAUUCUCAAGUCACAAAAGAUAAAGUGGAUUGUGAAUCGGAAUCUUUAUCUCAACCCCAAGCAAGGAACUGUGAUCUCCGAACUCCCAGCAGCAAACCAGAGGUCGAUGAAACUAGUUGCAUGUCAUGGACACAGGCUGAUGGUACUGAUCACCUCAAUGAUAAGAAUUCUGAUACCUCACCAUGUGGGAAAAUUACAAUUUCAGAAGGUGAGAAAAGCAUGAUGAAUGUGCCGUCGGAUGUCCCGAACACUGUUGUGAAUGUGUCCGAUUCUGCUCCAUCGAUGGAGGAUGGAAAUUCUUUAGUGGAAAGAAACUCUUCUGUUCAAUCAACGUUAAUGGGGCUUCAUGAUAGUGAAAUGUUGACUGUAUCGAAAGAACCCGUGGACAGUUCACAUUCACUGGAUACGAAUGGAGAGGUUAUGUCAACCUGAAGAAAGUCAGGGAAUUAGAAUGUUUAUCAUAUUAUUAUUUAUUUUGUUUCAUCUCUCUCUCUCUCUCUCUCUCUCUCUCUCUCUCUCUCUCCUUAAUUUCAAUGGAUUUAUUUAGAUAUAUUAUAAAUUCACACAUGAGAAGUGUAGCAUUAUAUAAGUUGGAAAAGGUAUUUAUAACUUUUAAGCUGUCAGACAGGUUGUAGAACAGACGCCUAAUAUUUGGGUAUAGUGUCGAAGAUGUCUGCUUUUCUUCACAAAAGUAUUUAUCAGUUAUUGCAAAGGCCUGGCUGCAAGAACAGCUGAUUUUGGUCCAGAAACUUUACAAUUUAGUUUACAUGUUUUUGUUAAGUUCCGUAAUUUUUUCGUGUGGAAAUAGUCAGGAAAACAAAGCGACAUAAAAGAGUUGGUGAUUUUUACACUAUAGGACUACUGUCUAAAAAGUCCAUUCAUAGACAUCAUGUGUCCACCCAAAUUGUUUUCGUUGAUUUAGAUCAUUAAUAAGAUUUGAAUGUCAGGUUUUCUCAAUUUGAUCAUAAUUGACAAUUGACGUCAACCUAUACAUUGCAAAGAUAUGAAAGUUAGCGACAUUUCAUCUGCUGAAAAAAAUGAUGGAAAAUCCAUUUCUGUGACCUAGUUAAUCUUGUUCUUUGCUCAAAAUGACAAGCUACAAUAUUUUUAUUAGAUUGUUUUCAUUACUAUGAUUUCAAGGAUUUGGGGUUGUAAUUUUUGUUUUAUGAUAAAUGUUUUUAGUCUUAAAGGCAGCUACCUCUUGGUGCACUGAACCGUGUAACCAUGUGUGUUUUACUUGUAAACUUUAGUGCACUGAACCAUGUAUGUGAACUUUCCUAAGUGAGAGGAAAAGUUUAGAAAAUUAAAAGCUUGACAUCUCUCUCCUGUUUACAAGUUUGUGUAUUUAAUGUACAUAACUUUUAUUAUCAGUGUACAUAGAUUUAUUGUUAAUGUACAAAAUAUCAUUGUGUGUAUUGCAAUUUCUAUUGUUUUUCAUGAUAAAAUAGUUGUACAUAUAGCAGAUGAUUAGUACACCGCACAGGAGAGCGCUCACUGAACACUGAAAGUCCGGAAAAUAAACUUACAGGUACAGAGUACUAUUGUACUGAUGUACUAGUUUGAAUUGGUAGUACUAGAGACGAGGUAGUGAGGGGGUAGUUUAUGUCCUACUGUGUACAUGUACACUUACACCAAGGUUUGAUGCCAUCACAUUGUACACACUCUGCAACUUUGUUUAGUCACGUAAUAGGGCUGUAUAUAAGUUACGUCUUUGACGUCAAUGACACAAUGAAUUACAAUGCAUUUUCUUUUCUUUUUUUUUUUUAACUUUGAAGUAAAAUUUAACUUGAUAAAAAUAAGAGUUUUUAGUCCACUACAUUACAUAGAAAAGCAACAAAUGUUCAGCCAAUCUAUGCCUUCAUGUGGAAGCUUAAUUUCACAUGUCACAUUUUUCAUUUAAACAUGAUGUCAUGAAUUUUGGUUUUAGAUGCCGUUUUAAUAUGGUGUUCUUGUAAUUUAUGUGUUGAUUAACUACAUGUAUAUAAAGUUGUCUUGUAUGUGUUGAUUAACAGUAUAAAGAUAUAUAUCUAUGA